CCGCCGGCUAGCGGGCAAGCAACGCUCGAUACUGAACGCCUGCGCGAUAACAACUUAAAUAAUCGUCGGCAAUAUUGUGUUUAUAAAUAAAAGGUUUAUUGAAAAAAUAAAUUUAAAAAUAUGACGAAAAAAGUGAACGGAACGUUGAAAAAAAUGUUUUAAUUUUCUACUUUUUUUUUUAAAUUAAUUUCGAACAUUUCUGAAAAAAGUUUUUAGUUAAUCAAUCGAACUUUUUAGUUGCGAACUUUUUGGAUGUUGACAUUUUACGACACAGAAGCAGCGGUUGGGAUUUUAAAUAAGCUGUGGAUUUAAGUGCUGCAGUAUGCGCGAGAGUCUCCGUCGACUGGCGUCAGAUGACGGCAUGGAGCGACGCGGGCGCAUCGCCGGCAGCCGGCGCGUGCGCGUCGAGCUCAUGUUAGCAGAGCACAUCACUGUUGAUGUUGAUCGCAAAGCCCGUGGCUCCGACCUGCUGGACAAGAUCUGCGACUCCCUGGACCUGGUGGAGAGAGACUACUUCGGACUGCUGUACACGCAGCGAGGGGACCCCAGGGUCUGGGUAGACCUCAACAGGAGACUGUCUAAGACUUUCAGAAACGAACCUUGGGACGUACGGCUUGCAGUGAAGUUCUACCCGCCGGAGCCCAGCGAGCUGAAGGAUGACGCCACCAGGUACCAGAUAGCGCUGGCCGUCAGACGAGACCUCAUGGAAGGUCGCCUAACAUGCUCGCAGAUCACCUACGCGCUGCUGUCCUCGUACGUGCUGCAGGCGGAGCUGGGCGACUACGAGGAGUGCCACGACAUCACCACCGCGCUGCACCAGCACAGCGCCGUGCCCGUCAGCGCCAUCACGCCUGAACUGGAGGCUAACAUCGACGAGCUGUAUCGGAAACAUAGAGGACAGACCCCAGCAGAGGCGGAGCUGAACUACCUGGAGACUGCGAAGCGGCUGACGCUGUACGGCGCGGAGCUGCACACCGCGCUCGACUGCCAGGACGUCGCCAUCGCACUCGCCGUGUGCCAUAACGGAGUCGCUGUCUAUAGGGACGGCCUCCCAAUGAACAAGUUUCCCUGGGCGAAGAUCACGAAGAUCUGCUACAACAAGCGGCUGUUCACGCUGCGGCUGCGGGCUGGUGAGUUCGAGGAGUUCGAGACCAUCCUCAGCUUCAAGCUGGCGUCCACCUCCGCCUGCAAGAAGCUGUGGCGCUGCAGCGUCGAGCAUCAUAUGUUCUUCAGACGAGAAUACCCGGUAGUAGUGGAGCGUAUACCCGGGUUUGCCCGGCUGGGCUCGCGACGUCUCUCCUGCAGACGUACACUGCGGCAGAUGAGAGCCGAAUCCGACAACACGCCCACCGCUGCCUGACAUCACACGCACCGUGCCAUUGGAGCUACACCGAGCACUGUUUUAUGAACUCACACUUUAAACCCUGAGAGGGUAGGAAGGGCACUCAUGGCUGUUGUCACCAACGAUCUUUUAACUAAAAGUUACUUUAUUAAUUAUUAUGUUAUCGACUUACUCACGUAACUGUUUGACGAGGAACUCGACUAGUUUCAAGCCAUGCUAGAGGCUCAUAUUCAUGAACAGCAUUCCGCGACACACGACGUGGCGAUUGUCGCGCUGCUACUAGCGACUUAACUCUAGCAUGGCUUGAAACUAGUCGAGUUCCUCGUCAAACAAUUACAUGAGUAAGCCGUUAACAUAAUAAUUAAUUUAGUGUGUCUGACGAAAGUUACAAUAAAAGUUACUUAUCGUGACGUAGCACCUAACGUAACUUGUACGUAGGUGAUGUACGGAGGUCCCAUUUAGUGUUUUUGUUCCGUUCUGUCAUCGAAUCCAUGGCCUUGUUAUGUGGAAGCAACAUUUUGUGAAGACUUAUGAAUAGGUAUUAUGAUUAAUAUACUGUUUAGUGUACGAAAUAAAUGUAAUGUUAUGUAUUAAUGGAUUAAAUGGUUAAGUGUGGGAGAGUUAUGCUUCAACACGAAUAAGCCGACUCGAACGGAGUGAUACCACAGCCUCACAGAAACCGACGUGAAACAACGCUUGCGUUGUGUUUAGUUGUGUGAGUGAGGUUACUGGAGGCCCAAUUACUCCCCUUCCCAAUCUUUCAAAUCCCCGAUUCCCCAACAACCCUUAAAUUCCUAACCCCCAAAAGGCCGGCAACCCACGCCUCUGGUGUUACUAGUGCAAGAGGGAAGGAGCUAUACAACCUACAUAGCUCCGUCCCUCUUGCACUGCUCAAUGAUCGACCAUUCUGACAGUAUUGUAAUAGCAGACUAAGGCCCCAGGUGAUCCGGCUGCUCGUUCACGGGCUUAUACGACAAUAAUACUGUACUACUGUAUCAUAUUUACCUUUUUAAUUUUUAUACCUAGACAUAUUUUUGUGAAAUAAAUAAAACUUGAAAGAGAGA